UGUAGUAGGUGAAGUCAAGGUAUGUAGAAUAACGCUUGAACACGUACAUACUCUUCCGAGGGUGUACCAUGCCAAAGGAGUACGGGAAUUAGGACGACAAAAGCAGUCAACGUCGACCUGGAACUGUCAUGGAACGGCUUUCGAGAGUGGCAUGUUAUUUUCGAUGGAUGAGAAACGCGACAUCUCAUGAUGCAAGUGAGGUUGAGGACGAACAGAAAACUAUUAAAGUUGAACGAUAUCGAAAUGUCGGAUGUAAUUUUGAAGCUUCGAGGCGACUUUGUGGUAUUUUGGAAAGUAUCCUUCUUUGGGAGAAUUCUGUGAAUAGUAUUUCUGUCGUCAUCGUAUUUAAUAUACUGUUUUGGGGUAUUAUUGUAUUAGAGGUUCGAGGCUUUGCUGCAGCCAGCAGUGCUGCACUGGUCGUUGUUCUCUGUUAUAGUACCUUAGAAACUCAAGUUCAAAAAGAAAAUAAAGCAUUGGAUUUAGCUGCCUCUUAUGCAAAAACAGAACAAAUUGAGAAAAUAGGAAAAAAAAUAAAAACAGCAAUUCAUAAUUUAAAGCAACUGAGAAAAGAGCAACCAGGAGUGUUUUGUACUGUAGUUUGCUCUCUUUCUUUGGGUCUAUGGAUUAUUGGUCGUACUAUAAAUGGUAUACUUCUUACGUAUACAAUAUGCAUGAGCAUUUUACUUGGGCCUGCAUUAUUGUUAAAGCUUCCUAAUAAAAUGAUAUUACACAAAGAAUGGGAUAGUGAAAUUGAAGAAUUCUUACCAGCAGUAACUGAAGAUAAUCUUCAAGUUCUUACUAGAGCAGGAGAAUCAGGGGACCAAUCUCCUACUCCUACGAGCGUAUUGUCUGAUGUUCAAAAUGAGUUUUUUAAUGAUGAAGAACUUAUGGAUCUUAAAAUGCCAUCACAUGAAGAUGGGAGUACUGAUGAUAUAGAAAACUCUGAAUUAGAGCUUAGUGGUGAAGAAACUGAUAUGGAUGGUAUUAAAUUUCAAAGUGGCCAUUUUGAAAAAGGAUCAUCUUCUGAGGAAGAAGCAGAACUUGAACCUAUAUCAAGCAAACUAAUUAGUCACAGUGAUGAAAGUGGUAGCGAAUUUGAAAUAAUUGAUGAUCAAGAUGUUGACAACAUUGCAUGAAAAUAACUGAUAUAUGAACUAAGUUAUUAUUAUGCAGAAUAGAGUUAAAUGAAGAAAUGAUUUCAAAUACAUUUUAAUUGGAUAAUAA